CAGAAGAGUUCAAGCCGAUUGCUAUGCUCAUGUCCUUCUUCUUUACAGUGGUGUUUAUAGGAUACGCUGUAGUAGCAGGUUUGCGUCGUAAGCUGUUGAGUAUUUUGAUUGAUCUCCCACAUCCAACCGAUACAUAUACGGCUCAUGAUAUUCUGCGCAUUACUCAAAAGCAGGAUUUUGUUUUUUGGCACGCAAGGGGCAUGGAGUUUGCUUAUUUGAGACUUUUGAGCAUCAAACAAAUAUCUGAAACUCUUGCUAGUAUCAAGACUGAUUCUCCAGACUUGCUUAUGACCAACGUUGCUGAGUUCAUGGACAUGAUUGAUUUAAUUGUGUCGGAGCUCACUGAUCGUGUUUCUACAGCUGAUCGAGUAGAGACUGUUCUUAAACGUAUAGCGUAUUUUAAGCAAAUGAGUAAGCUUUCCGAUGCUACUUGGGUAUACAUGGCUUGUCUAUUUGCCACUCAACCCAUUACCUGGAUUCAAUAUGGCGGAUUCAGACAGAUUUUGCUUGGAUUCGAAGCCGAGGCCUAUACGCUCAUAUGGAGAGAUAUUUCUAUGCGUAUUGGACUAAAGAAUAUUCCUACAACAUACACAGAUAUGCAAGAGUAUGUAAACUCGUUUGAAAAAGAAAACGCUGGCGAAAGUGAACACACUGCAAGGUUUGCCAAAUGCGUUAUAGACGCUUCGGCUCAAUCUGCCUCGGUGAUGGCAGGUAAUAGCCAGAUCGUAAAGCGUCUUUACCCGAUGGCCGUGUCUGUGUAUGCGACUGAAUCUAUGCGACAUGUGUUGCAUUUGCCUACUCCUCCUGCUUAUGGAAAAGUAUUGUUGUCCACAAUGAUGUGUGCAACCGCAGUGUUUGUGUCCUAUUGCCUAGUUCCUCGAAAAGUCCCUCACAUGCGCACAAAGGAUGAGGUCAACACGGAUGGCAAGUACGAUGUAGCGUAUGUCAUGUAUGGCAGCGGUGCAAGUGUUAAAGGAGGAUAUUUGAUCGAGCGCGUUGGACCUGCAAGCAUGCUGAGUGAUGAUGGAAUGGGUAAAAUAUGUGAUGGCAUUCCCAAGACCGUUCAGGUGGCUAUUACUGACAAUCCUGAAGAGGUAGAUAAGAAUGCGCCAAAGAAACUGGCAGAGGCAGAGGCAUCGACGUGAUGGAUCUUUGAUUGAUCAUGUAACCAAAUGCAGUUCAGCUUCAGCUGAUGCCAGUAGGAAUGGAAAUGGGAAUGGAGAAUGAAUAAAAUGGGAAAUUAUCAGC